CGCUCCGGUGGUUUCUUUCUUGCUUGGCCGGUAACCUUUCCCCCCGUCUCAUCCCAUUUUUAUAGGCUCACCCGCCCGGAUCAAUUCCGUUCCACUCGCACUCAGUCUCAGAUCCAUUCCAUGUCCCCCUCCCAACAGCAUCGCUAAGCUCAAGCAUUUUCUUUUAUCUACUCCGUCCACCAUGGCCGCCACGCCGGAGCAGUUCCUGCGGGACUUCCUCGCCGACGCGGAGCCGCUCUCCCCGUCCCUCUUCCUCGACCUGCCGCCCACGCCCGCGCAGUCGCCGCCGCGCGCCGCCUCCCCGGACGACCACGACCUCGACUUCAUCUCCCGCAUGCUCAUGGAGGAGGACAUCGACGAAAAGUUCUUCUACCAGUACCCGGACCACCCCGCCAUCCUCUCCGCGCAGCACCCCUUCCAGCAGAUCAUCUCCGACUCCACCUCCACCGACGACUCCCCCAACACCACCGCCGCAAACUCCGCCUUCUCCUCAGCCGACAAAUCGACAUCAUCCUCCUCCGACGACUCCGCCACCAACGCCCCCGCCAGCCCCGCUUGGCCGUACGACCCAAUCGAGCUCGCCCAGCUUCUCCGCUCCCCGCCAUACAUCGGACUUGACUCGAACGACUUCCCCGCCGACGACCUCCUCUUCCCCAGCAACGGCGCCCCCAAAGAGGGAUUUUUCGAGCACACCCCAGCGCUCCCCGAGGCCACCGCCCGCCAGAACGGCGGCAGCACGGGCAUCCAGAGCUCAGCAGCCUUCUCCAAGAAUGGGGGCGCGGAGAAGAAGCCAAAUCCACUAUUGAACAGUGGAACGGAGAAGCAGUCCAAGCAGAAGCCGGUGGCUUCUCCCGCUGCUGACGCAGGCCAAGACGUGCUGGCAUCGGCCUUCUUCAGCGGUGGCCAGACGGAUAGCGACAUGGAAAUGCUCAACAUGGCGUUCCGCAAGGGCAUGGAGGAGGCCAGCAAGUUCUUGCCCACCAACAACGCCCUCCUCCUCGACCUCGACACCAUCUCCGAUAACCAAAUGAAGAAGGAGGAGGCCGACACCUUCAUGUUCCGUGGUGGCCGGGGUCGCAAGAACAGGCACGGCAUGGAAGACUUGGAGGCGGAGGCCGGCAGGAACAGCAAGCUCAUGGCUCCGGAGCAGGAGGAAAUGGGCACUCGCGAGAUGGUCGACGAAUUAAUGCUCCGCGAGUACGAGAUCUGCAUGCAGGGGAUGGAGGACCUGCGCAUCGCCAUGGGCAGCGAGGCCGAGAAGAACAGCAGGAAGGGCACAGGCAAGGGGACUAAGCGGGGCACCACCGAUGAGGUCGUCGACCUCCGCACCAUGCUCAUCCACUGCGCCCAGGCGGUGGCCACGGGCGACCGCCGGGGUUCAAACGAGCUACUCAGGCAGAUCAAGCAGCACUCCUCGCCAAAGGGGGAUGCCACACAGAGGCUGGCUCAUUGUUUCGCGCAGGGACUAGAAGCACGCCUCGCAGGCACGGGGAGCCAGAUCUACCAAUCCCUUGUCGCCAAGAGCACCUCGGUCGUGGACUACCUCAAGGCCUACAAGCUCUACAUGGCAGCCUGCAGCUUCAAGAAGAUAAACACUGUUUUCGUCGGCAAGACCAUCAUGGAUGCCAUGGAGGGGAAGAGCCGCCUGCACAUUGUGGAUUACAAUGUUCAAUACGGAUUCCAGUGGCCAGGCUUCUUCAGGUGGAUUUCAAUUAGGGAAGGUGGGCCACCUGAGGUGAGGAUCACUGGCAUUGAUCUCCCGCAGCCUGGGUUCCGCCCGGCCUUCCAGAUUGAGGAGACUGGCCGCAGACUCAGCAAUGUUGCCCGCGAGUUUGGCAUCCCAUUCAAGUUCCACGGUAUUGUCGCAAAGUUGGAGACGGUCCGUGCGGAGGACCUAAAUCUCGACCCAGAUGAGGUGCUUGUUGUCACUAGCCAGUGCGGUUUCAGCAGCUUGAUGGACGAGAGUGCUGACAUGAACAAGCAGGACAGCCCAAGCCCCAGAGACAUGGUCCUCAGCAAUAUUCGGAAGAUGCGGCCUCAUGUGUUCAUCGACUGCAUUGCGAAUGGAACCUAUGGCGCACCGUUCUUCGUCACACGGUUCCGGGAGGCUCUGUUCUUCUACUCGGCGCUAUUCGACAUGCUGGAUGCGACCAUCCCCCGCGACAAUGAGGACCGGCAGCACAUCGAGCGGGAUAUCAUCGGGCGCUGUGCCUUGAAUGUCAUCGCCUGCGAGGGUGCUGAUCGGGUGGAUCGCCCAGAGACUUAUAAGCAAUGGCAGGUGCGGAGCCACCGGGCUGGGCUGAGGCAGCUGCCACUGAACCCAGAGGUUGUUAAGAUUGUGAAGGAUAAGGUUAAGAACUACUACCACAAAGACUUUGUCAUCGAUGUGGAUCACCGGUGGUUGCUGCAGGGGUGGAAGGGGCGCAUACUCUAUGCCAUGUCGGCAUGGGUUGCUGCUGAGGAUGACAACUCCAAAGUUUAGCUGCUUCUCUUCACUUGAUUCCAGGGUGCUGAUAUAGAAGGUAAUACAUUUGAGGCAGGUUCAUGUUU